AUGCCUGAUAAUACAGUCCGUUCGUUUGAUCUUGAACUCAUGGACUGUGCCGUAUGCUGUGAACCUCUACGCCCUCCCAUUAUUCAGUGUCAGAAUGGACAUGCAACAUGCAACUCCUGCUCUGUAAAGAUGGGUAAAUGUCAUGCUUGCACUUUGCCAAUCGGACCGAUGCGCUGUCGGAUAAUGGAAGCAGUCGUGGAGUCUUUAACGGUUUACUGCCAGAACAGAGCAUAUGGUUGCCAAGAAAGCUUCAAUUACGACGAGAAGACAGAUCACGAGAAAUACUGCUCUUUUAUAGAGUGUUCAUGCCCGAUUCCAGAGUGCAAUGUGAAGGGCUCGUCUGAAACCAUUUAUGCUCACUGCAAAGAGUUGCAUAAAGAUAUUCUCACACUAUUUAACUUUGGACGUAAAUUUUCAGUUUCUGUGGACAUGCAUGAUAGGGGUUUGCUUCUCCAAGAAGAACAAUCAGACGUUGUGUUUGUUCUGAACAACACGAAGUGCUCUUAUGGGAAUAUUAUAACAGUGUUUUGUCUCGGGCCAUUGUCAAACCGAAGCUGCCCUUAUGACAUCGAGAUAAUGUGA